UCUGAGAUCCACUUAUCUAUUGCUAGUUCUGUUACCAUAUAUCGGUUAAAUGUAAAAUUUAUGUAUUAAAUCAUCCCAUAUAUUUUUUAGCUGAACAUAUGAGACAUCGUAUGCCAAAGAACGAACAAGAUCAAUCUUAUUUCUUUACACAGCAAAGUCAAGAUUGUGAGAAGACAGUUGUUGAACCUGAUCUAACAAAUGGUUUGAUACGUCGCAUGCAUGAUAGUGACGAAGAGUUCGAUGAAGAUGAUGUUGAAGAUGAGGAUGAUGAUAUACCAGAAACUCCACCAGCGGCACACUCACAAUCAAUAGUCACAAAUCCAAUUAAAACGGAAGAAACACGUUCACUUCUCAAGACAACAACAAAAAAUAUGCUUAAAACGCAUGUCGAUGAUAUCGAAAAAGAAGCAGAAGAUCUAUCAAAGAAAUCUACAGAUAAAACUAAAAGUAUAACAACAUCUAACUUAUCCUUACCGGCCGUCAAUGCAUCGUCAACACCUUUAACAGUAAAUACCUCAUUGCCUACACAACAGCAUAAAAUACGUUCAGUCUCACCACCGCCUUUAUAUAACAAAGCGCAUCAUCCACAAUCUGCAGUAACACUAACAACCACUGUUCUAAAUAAGGAACGUGAUGAUUUUACACUUAACUCCAAUACUUGUCUGCAUGGUAGUCAUGAGCAUCUUAAUUUCACUAAACAUUCUUAUUCCAACGGUUUAAUACCUUCAUUGAAAUUAAAACGACCACGUCUAUCCGAGGACAGUAAUUUCAAUGGCUCAUCUACUAUGGAUAACUCACCUCCAUUAGUACCCGAAGAUGACGAUUAUCACUAUUUACUUAGUUUAUAUCCUUAUAUGAAACAGCUCUCUGCCGCACAAAAGUUGCGGACACGCACUAAAAUACAGAAACUCAUCUUCAAGGAGUUAUACAAAGAGGACUUGGAGGAAUCGAAGUGAGGGAUUAAAAGUGAAUUGAUGAGUUCAUAAAUAUUUGUAAAAUAUUUUUAUGAAAAUUAUAUAUAUAUAAUAUUAAUAUUAUUUUUAGAAUAGUUUUAAUAGACUGUGAAUACUUGUAUUGAUAUUUUUUUAUUUUAAGAAUCUUGUUGCAUUAAAUCGAAAAAGAAAAUAUAAAAUGAUUUUUUUUUAAGUAUAACUUAAAAAUUUUUUAUACUUACGUGUAAAAUCAAAAUGUUUAUAGUUUAUAAAAGUAAAAAAUAAAUUAUAUAUAUAUAUAAAUAUGUAU